UUUGGGGCAAGUCAUACAGCGCAAGUAUGGAACGUUGGAAAAAUUCGUGCGCUGUGGUUACCGGUGCUAGUUCAGGCAUUGGAGCCGCUAUAGUUAAGAGCUUAUUGAAAGCUGAUUUACAAGUAGUGGGAUUAGCUCGUCGGAUUGAUCGCAUGGAACAACUACGUUCUUCGCUUGCAAACUCUUUGCAGUCACGUCUGCAUAUUAUCAAGUGUGACGUUUCCGAUAUGAUAUCAGUGCAUGAAGCUUUCGACUGGAUUGAAGAGCACUUAGAUGGUGUGGAUAUACUUAUUAAUAAUGCUGGUGUUCACAUUAAAGGACAAUUGUUGACCAUGAAUAUUAAUGAUGUGGAAAAAACGUUACAGACCAACGUUAUGGGUAUGGUAUACUGUGCUCGACGUGCUUUUAAUUCGAUGAAAAAGCGUAACGUAAACGGACAUUUAGUGUUGAUUAAUAGCAUACUUGGCCAUAAUAUACCUAACCUUGGUCCGAGUGUUAUGCCAAUUAUUAAUAUCUAUCUCAUGUGUAAACACGCUACAGUGGCAAUGACAGAAGUUUUGCGUCAAGAGUUUCGCGAGAAUCAAACUAAAAUUAAAAUCACGAGCAUAAGCCCUGGCUUGGUCAAUACUGAAAUGACAACGGAAGUCUAUAAAACGAUGUCUGCUUUGGAGCCGGAGGAUGUAUCGAUGGCUGUAUUGUACUGUUUGUCUACACCACAUCACGUCCAAGUACAUGAAUUAACUAUAAAGCCAGUAGGUGAAAUGUUUUAAUUACAAUUCAUUUAUAUCAAGAAUAUGGAAUUCUUUCGAAAUUGCUUUGUGUAGAUACUAAAAUAAAGGAAGAAAAACCAAUCACUUGUAAAUCGAACUUUUACUAGUGUGUUCAAAAAGUAAGAACACUUUAAUUUUUCCUUCCGAAAAUAAAUAUUCCACCCUCUUUUUGCGAGUAGUAUUGGUGCAUAAGGCUGAAAUAAUAUUUUUUGUUGACAAUUUGGCCCGGCGGCAGGAAUUCUUAGUGCACAACACGACGACAAUCGAAGGAAACUUCUUUCAGGUUUUUUAGGUUUUCACUCACCUUUUAUAAGAUAUUCUUUCCGGCUGUUUCCGAAUCGUAUGC